UACAGCUUACACAGCACAAAAAAUUACACUUUUUUCUCGUCCAUUUUUAUUUCGCGCUCUCUCUGUCUCUCUCUAAUCAGUAUCGCUCUCUGAAAUUUCAAUCCUCAAUGGCUUCCUCCACCGAGAAACGCAAAAUUCUCGAACAAGAUGAAAACGAAGCAGCGAAGAAGACAAAGGUUCUCGUAGAAGAUGAUCACGAAGCAGCGAAGGAAUCAAAGCCUACAGAGCGCGUGGUGCUCAACCCUGCUGACUGCAACUUAGAUUUCAAUAUUGAAGGCAAUGGUCUCCAAGGAUCUGCACUUUAUGAGCAGGGGUUUUCUUAUUGCUGGUCUGGUGUUCUUGCGAAUGUUGGAAUAACUCGAGGGAGAUACUGUUUUGGUUGCAAAAUUAUUUCAGUGCAGCCAGUUGAUAUGGAGGACAUUGCCCCUGACCAGCAUCACGUUUGCCGUGUAGGCAGUUCUAGAGGGGAUGAUAAUGUGGGGAACCUUGGGGAAACUGAACACAGCUUCGGGUUUGGGGGCUUAGGAAAAUUUUCUAGUGCAAGGAAAUUUAUAGAUUAUGGUGAAAAGUUUGGGAUUAGAGAUACGAUUGUGUGUGCUGUUAAUCUUGAAGACAAACCAUUGGCUUGCAUUGGUUUCUCCAAGAAUGGGAAAUGGUUGGGCAUUGCAAGGCAAUUUAAUGCUGGUCCAAAGGGUCUAGGAGUGGUGGACUCUCCAACGAGAAAGUUACAGUGGGAAUCAGCACCUUUUCCCCAUAUUUUGUUGAAAAAUGUUGUAGUAGAGUUGCAAUUUAGUGUUGAAGAGGGACUCAUUCCUGAAGAAGGUUACAAACCUUGGGCUUCUGCUCUUGAGGAUGGCAAUGCAAUGAUGGGCCCUACUUUCUCUAAGCCAAGUGAUUGUGAACUGAUUAUGAUGGUUGGUUUACCAGCUUCAGGCAAGACUACAUGGGCAGAAAAAUGGGUGAAGGAGCACCCCGAGAAGCGUUAUGUUUUGCUCAGGACAAACCUUAUUUUGGAUCAAAUGAAGGUGCUAGGGUUACACGUAAGCAAAAUUAUGGGGAACGGUUUGAUCGCCUAAUGGAUCGAGCUACUGCUAUUUUUAUUACCCUUUUACCUCGAGCAGCCAAAACACCUCACAAAUGCAUAAUUGAUCAAACAAAUGUCUACAAGAAUGCACGUAAAUGUAAACUGAAACCAUUUGCAUACUUUCAGAAGGUAACUACAAAACCAUGAUAUAUUUAUAUGUUGGAAAAUUGAAGGAUUGCUUUCUUG